AUCGUGUGCCAUCUAGUGCUCUUGCACCUAAAAACAGCUUUUGCUUUUUCUCCAUCACUACAGACCUUCGCGAGUCUGCAUCCGAGUCCAUGGCAUUCUGACCGAACAACAUACAAUUUGACGCUUAGGUCUAAUUUAAACACUAUAAGUACUAUUCUGCUGCGCUGCCUUAGGAUUAGCUCAGAGCACAUUACGAGGAUAGUGAAGUAUUCUUCAUGACGCAGCAAGACCUAUGGGUUCAUUUCACGCAAGAGCAGUUACAACAGUACUUAGGGCUUUUGAAAGAACCUGAUGCAGCUGCAGGGUAUGUUUCUAUGACCUUGUGUGAGCGAAACCGUACCCCAUGGUCGCGCGUGGCCGUGCCGCGUCGCUACCGUUUGUUCGCGGCACCACGGCCAAUAGUGUGGAGCUGUGCCGCUGACACCCCUCUUCCAAGCUGGCUAGCUGGAGGCAUUUGCUAACUAUUACUCCUCGAAACCCACCCAUCCUCGCAUUCUCCAGGUACCUUGCGUCUGUCCUCAAGCUGGACAAAUACCGAUUCGACGCUCGGCAAGCCAUCCUCCUGGACUAUGCCAGCUAUGCACUCGAGUUCGCACAAAAGCAGGGCUACUCCCCCUCCCGGACCGCCAGCUGGUACAACAUAGCUCACAUGGUGCUGCAGACGUGCAUUGGCGGGGCGCCGUACACCGAGUGUGAGGCGACCUUUAAGGGCCUUAUGCUUCAAGUCGUAAGACCGCGCCCGGGCACUGAUACGCAGUACUUUAGCCCCGAUCAGGUGGCUGCAGCCGCCUCCUUCAUGUCCCGCGGGCUGCUGCGGCACUACCGGCUCUACCAGCAGGUCUUCUCCACGGAGCAGGCGCACACGGAGUUCACCGCAGAGCUGCUGGUUGAGACGGCGCGUGUGCCCUCCUUUGAGAGCGCGCUGUCGCAGGCGGAGUGGGACGCCAUGCACGAGAAGCGGCGGAUGGAGGAGGAGCAGGCGCGGAAGGCAGCAGAGGAGGCGGAGGCCGCCCGGCUGGCUGCGGAGGAGCAGCGGGCAGCGGAGGAGGCAAAGCGGGCGGCCGAGGAGGCGCGGAGAGCGGAGCUGGCGAGGAAGCCCGCCACGCUGCAGGAGGCUAUCGACCAGCUGGUGGCGGUGCGGCUGGAGGCGGAGCGAGCGGCGCUGGCAGCGCAGUUCCGCGCGCGCGAGGAGGCACUGGCGGCCAAGAUUGCGGCGCUGGAGGAGGCGAGGAAGCCGGCAGCGGGCGCCGCGCCGUCCGCGCCGCUGUCCGCCUCGUCCAAGAAGCAGAUGGUGGCGCCGGCGUGAGGAGGAGGGAGGAGGCGCGCAGGCAGCUGCUGGCGGCAUUGUGUAAGAAACAAUUCUGGUGGUGGCGCUGACGUGAUGGUAGAAGGGGCGCAGGAGAUGGAUGCGAAGCGGGGAGGGGGAAUAAGUGGCUGAGAAGGCUAUGGUGAUGCCUAUGUAUAGUAUGCAGAAUGGAUAGGAUAGUAGGUAUGGGUGCACAUAGAUUGGAUGCAGGGUGCGUGCAAGUGGCUACAGCUUCAAUUGCGUAAAAUGGUUUGCACGCACCUGGUCAGGCUCCCGGGGCCAUCAUAGUUUAAGAAGCGAAGGCAGGCCAAACCGAUACACACAGGAUUGGGGGCAUCUGUCACAGGAGGUUCAAGGUUCCAAGUGGGGCCCCAGGUUUUCCCAUUGCUCUUGUCGACGACGCAUGUUUGCACUACUACGAGGGAGGGCGUGCCGAUGGAAGGCAACUACGAUUCCGUUCUACAAACAGAAGCCCCAAAUGCUGCCAGCGACAUCUAAGCGAAAUUCGGUAAUGGACGCUAGCGCAAAUGUUUUCACCUGACAAACGCUACCAAGAGGCCCAAUGUGCAUCUGCGCUGUGCGGAAGCAAGCAUCUCCCAGCAGUAAACGAGUAACAACCUCUUCUCUUUUGGAAAGGAGUAAAGGACUUUAUCGUGGGUAGCGUACGACGGUUUCGCAGCAGGCUUCGCUUCAUGCAUGCAUGGUGGGUGUUGCUGUGCGAGCGGAGCUUGGUUGUGGAUAUCCGGUUAGCCUUCUAUACGCUACCUGCUUGACGGGUGUUUGCCGUCAUAUCCCUUGCUUGCAUCGGGCGGCGGUCUUCAAACACUCUUUCGCUGUAAAGCCCGUAGACGUUUCCCGCGCAUAGACUAGCAUACGUUUCACCUUUAGCUAUGGCGGAUCUUGAAGGCAGCCUGCUCCAGGCGCUAAAUGCGCAGGAGUGCAUCGCUGACUCGGGCGAGUUCGCCAAAAGCCAGGGCGUCGAGCACAUGGUGCUGGUCGGCACUAUCCGCAGUUUGCAGGCUUCGGAGAUGAUUAUCGCCGAGGACAUUGACCACUUCCGCUACGCCCUGACGGAGGAGGCUCAGGGCUACCUUACGGCGGGCUCGCCGGAGGCGCAGGUCUUCAAUGCGGUGCCCGCCGGGGAGGAGGGCAUCUCACUGGCGGAGCUCAAGUCCAAGGUGCCUGGUGAGGCGGGCGACGUGGGCUUCAAGCAGGCCAUGCAGCAGAAGUGGCUGGCGCUGGACAAGAGCAAGGGGGAGCCGCGGGUGGUGCGCAAGGCUGCUUCUAUCGAGGACCGCACGCAGGCGCUGCUGGCUGACGUGGCGGCGGGCAAGGAGCUGGGCAAGGCGGAGGCGGAGGCGGCCAAGAAGCGCAAACUCAUCAAGCCGGAGCAGUGGAAGACGUACAAGCUGACCAAGGGCCCCAAGUUCGCCCUGGAGCGCAAGAAGCCGGCAACUGACCUCACACACGAGAUGCUGGCAAAGGGCACCUGGCGCACUCAGGAGUUCAAGGACUACAACUUCAACGCGCUGGGAGUGCCGCCCAGCAGCGGACACCUGCACCCGCUGCUAAAGGUUCGCAGCCAGUUCCGCAAGAUCUUCACGCAGAUGGGCUUCGAGGAGAUGCCCACCAACCAGUACGUGGAGUCCUCCUUUUGGAACUUCGACGCGCUCUUCCAGCCGCAGCAGCACCCCGCGCGUGACGCGCACGACACCUUCUUCCUCACCAAGCCCGCAGCCACUCCCUCGGAGCGGGGCGUGCCGGCGGACUACAUGCAGAGGGUGCAGUCCGUGCACGAAUCGGGCGGCUACGGCUCCGCGGGCUACGGCUACAGCUGGAAGGUGGCGGAGAGCGAGAAGAACCUGCUGCGCACACACACCACCGCCGUGUCCAGCCGCAUGCUGUACAGACUGGCAAACCAGCCGGGGGGAUUCAGGCCCGCCAAGUACUUUUCCAUCGACCGGGUGUUCCGCAAUGAGGCGGUGGACCGCACCCACCUGGCUGAGUUCCACCAGGUGGAGGGUCUGGUGUGCGACCGGGGCCUCACGCUGGGCGACCUGAUCGGGGUGCUCAACCAGUUCUUCAGCCGUCUGGGUCUCAAGAAGCUGCGCUUCAAGCCCGCCUUCAACCCCUACACCGAGCCAUCCAUGGAGAUUUUCAGCUACUCCGAGCAGCUGGGCAAGUGGAUGGAGGUGGGCAACAGCGGCAUGUUCCGGCCCGAGAUGCUGCGACCCAUGGGUCUGCCCGAGGACGUCAACGUCAUCGCGUGGGGGCUGUCGCUGGAGCGCCCCACCAUGAUCCUGUACGGCAUCGACAACAUCCGUGAUCUGUUCGGACACAAGGUGAGCUUGUCCAUGGUGCGCAGGAACCCCAUUUGCCGCCUGGGCUUGUAAGGCCCCCGCCUGGGCAGGAGAGGAGGAGCAGGAGAGGAGCACUGGA